GUUUCUUGGCUCACAACACCACCUCCUCUUCAACCCCCCCCCCCUUCCGCGGCCCAUGGCUUUGGCCUGCCAUGUGGGGCACGGCAUUUCUGCCGCUGGCGGCGGCCUCCGGGUGCUCCUGGGCGCCGCUGCCGGGCGAUGAGGACUUCCGCGAUGGCCCACCCACAGUGGAGAGGCGCUUCACCCGGUGCGCGGUGGCACUGGACGCAGCCGGGGGACACCAGAGCGGAUUGUUCCAGACCUUGGCCUUUGGAGCCGCCCCAGAUGUCUCCGUUUUCAGUGACGAAAUGGUCAGAACCUGCUCAGAGGGCCUCAUAUUCAAGGAGGUCUUCAUCAACCAUCGGUAUUUGGCCGCAACCGAAGCUCCCGAGAUGGCGCGGCUGGACGGCCGGCAGAAGUGGGUGCGUGUGGGCGCUUGCGUUCCUAAGCCCUGCGGAGAAGUCUUCGCAGACCUGGCGCUGCCGCGGCUUCUGGAGUGGCGCGGCAAGUCUGAGAGAUACCAUCCAGCUCCCGGGCCCUGCGCUAGCGAGGAGAACUCGGAGUUCAAUGAUGGCGCCUGCUAUGCGUUUCUGAACCGUGAGAUCUUCUGGGAGCACUGCAUGGCUGGCACCUUGGUGUGGCGCCUGCUUUCGGACGCCUCCUUCUUCGACCGCCUCUUCGGUGCGCAGAUCCGAAGUCUGCCUGAAGACGAGCUGGGGGCCUCUGAUCAACCGGAGCAUCAGCAGGCCGCCUUGGCCCACUACAAGGCCUGCCGCCUGGGCGGCGGCAGCUACUUCGGAGUGCACUUCAACGCGAUGGCUCAGCUGGCCGAAGGCUACGAGCUUGGGAUGUGCCUGCCCUCACUACACACCAGCUGGAGCCCCUCGAUGGAUCCCAUGCUGGAGUGGUGGCUGGGCUCGCGCAUGAGCCGCUUCCCGGACAUAGACGUUGAUGCGGAUAGCGUGCAGGCCUUCGAGCUGGUUCACCGCUCAGAGCUGGGCGUGCGUUGGGCAGUGGUGGGCUUGGGCCGAAGUGGCACCACCUCGCUGGCAGCCUGGCUGGACACCCACCCCCGCCUGCAGCUGCUGCAUCACCCGGGCGACUUCUUCCGGGAAGGCUCCUUCGAGUAUUUGUUCCGGCGCUCUCAUCUGGAGCACCUGGUGAGGAAGGCGGAGAUUCAGGCGGUCAAAGCUCGGCCUGGAGUGCUGGUGGGGAUCAAGGAGCCCAGCUUGCUGCGAUCCGAUCGCGGGAGGCAGAUGCUCGCAGAGAUGAAGAGGACGAAGGUCUUGAUCAUCGUGAAGAACUGGGCAGAUUGGCUGAAGAGCUCUCUACUAUUUGCAACUCCGGCGUGCACCCCUGAGAGCAUUACCAGGCUGGAGGACCCCUGUCCCUUCGCCUUCCAGGAGGCGCAUGUGCUGCGGAAGGUCCAGGACUUGCAUCGCAAAGGAGUGUCGACGGGUCGCAUCAAAGUCGUGCACCUGGAUGCGCUCCUAGAAGAGGGCCCCACGGGUUUGCAGCGGAUCGCCGCCUUUCUGGGCGCCGGCAACCGGACGCAUGCUCGUUUGGGGCCCAUGGGCCGGGAGGGGAACGUGGCAGAGAAGGAAGUGGAGUUCUGGGAGGAGCUUUGCAGCUUGCCAAAGGAGUCGCUGCAGCAACUGGAGCGUCAACGGAACGCGGCCACGGACGGCCUGGCCGACCUCCUGCGGCGAAGCUCAGCGAAAGAAGCGGAAAUCACGGCCCAAGAAUCGUACUGGCGCACGGUGGAGUUUUGA